AUGGGAAUUUAUCUGACAGCAGGACGUCCCUCUGUACGUUGGCGGUUGUCCAGAGCUUCCUUUUGUGAGGUACCUGUGCGAGCAGAGACCCGGCCGCCCUCGGAGGAGACGCUCUUGCUCUUCACGUCUCCUGAAGGCCUUUCAUGCUGCCGUCUGCUCUCUGCCUCUGACGUUCAUGCUAAUGGAUUUCAUCCCUCUUGUCUUUGUGGGCCGUAUUGUCCAGAGUUGAAACACAAUGAGAGCCGGAGGGAUCUGCUCCAUUCUUCAGAGGAUCUGAGCGUGCUCAGUGCAGAGUUCAUGCUCUGUGUGAUCAAGAUGAGAUUCAAAGCUGGCAUGAUGUCCCUCUGA